UUAAUAUUCUUCCAAAUACAAAUACAAAUACAACUACAACAGUUACAUUUCUCAGCUGUCACAUUUAUAUCUUCUCCUCUUCCACUCAGGCUCACAAGCAAAACAAAGCUGAGAGAUACGGAUUUCAAACUCAAUAAUGCAGGAGGUAAGAACAGUACGAGUAGGUAAUGUAUCAGAUCUGGCAGCUGAGAGAGAGGUUCGCGAGUUCUUCUCGUUUUCCGGCGAGAUUGACCACAUUGAGAUUCGCCGAGAACAAGGACAAUCCAAGACUGCCUUUGUUACAUUUAAAGAUCCGAAAGCGCUUGAAAUUGCUUUGUUGUUGUCGGGAGCAACCAUAGUGGAUCAGAUUGUAAGUAUAACGCAGGCAGAAGACUAUGUUCCAUCAUCUGAGACUCGGGAAGUCAGGAUAGUUGAUAAUGCUGUGAAUGUUGCUGGAGAAAGUUCUUCUCCGCUUGCUGAGGCCAAACCUACUUCUCCUAGCAAUGGAAGGGUGAACGGGAAAGUAUAUAUCAGUAAAGCCCAAGAUGUUGUCUCAAAUGUGUUGGCGAAAGGUUCAGCUAUCAGACAAGAUGCAAUGAAUAAAGCCAAGGCAUUUGAUGAGAAACAUCAGCUAAGAGCCACUGCAUCUGCCCGAGUCAUUUCCUUUGACCGAAGAGUUGGGCUAACAGAAAAGCUUACGGUUGGAAUUUCUGUUGUAAAUGAGAAAGUUAAAUCUGUUGAUCAAAGGCUUCAAGUGUCAGAUAAAACGAUGGCUGCAGUUAUGGCAGCAGAACGGAAAUUGAAUGACACAGGAUCAGCGGUCAAAUCAAGCAGGUAUGUUAAUGCUGGAGCUGCCUGGCUGAAUGGUGCUUUCAGUAAAGUAGCUAAGGCAGGGCAAGUUGCUGGUACAAAAACGAGAGAAAAAUGGAAUUUUGCAUUGUCAAAUUUGACAGCAAAGGAUCCUUCUAUUGUUGCCUAGAUCAUAGACGAAUGUAUAUUGGAGUUGCUAAGUUGCCUCUGUCAAAUAGCUCGGGAUUCCAAUAACUAUUUCCUUGCACAUCUAGAAAUUGGGAUCUGGUAUGCAGAUCGUCUGUGUCAAAUUCAAGCAAGUUUCAUCUGUGAUGUGAUUUUUCUGAUUGUUAAUUUUUCUUCCCAUUUUAUUGUGGAAUGUGGAGUGGUGUGGUGUGGUGAAUACAACUAUACGAGAUUAUGUAAUUCUUUUGUUUGUAAGCCUUCAAAUUCACGAUAGUUAGGAGCUUGUAUUGAUAUCAUAUCUUUCUUGGUGAGGCUGAAUUUUAUUAGAGAGAUUUUAGACUCUUGAUGUUUAUAUUACGAUGACAUACAGCAUAUAUUCCACUCUU